AUUAUCACCCCAAUGGUUGACCAACCACAAUCUUUUUUUUUUUUAUUAUUAUUAUUCUUUUCUACCUAAAGAAUGGUGCACUUAAAUUUGACCAACGAAGGAAUUCAUUGUCAAACUUAACUAAAAUUUACUUAUUUUGGAUGGCAAAGGAUAUUAAUGAGUCUUUUUUAGUAAACUUGGUAAGACUACAAAUUACUCUAUAUUUGGAGAGGAGAAUCAAACUACUGAUCUCAUGAAACUUACAACAUACGGAACUAAUCACUAAGUCACUAACAAGAUAGUUCACCCUACUUUGCCAAACAUAUCCUCCAUAUAAAAGUCCAACUCACCUCUUUCAAUCGGUAUUACUAUGCUUUAUUAAUGGUAGAAGGUAGUCUGGUUGGUGAAGAAAACUUGCAAAAUAAGCAACACAAGCACAUAGCCGUAUUCCCCUUUUGGCUCUGCCGUGUUCCAUUGUUCAUACUUGCCAAUGUAAAUAAUAACUCUCUUCCAUUCAACAAAUAUGCAUAUUUAACAACACACAACGCUUUUGCAAUUGAUGGAGAACCUUCUCAAACAGGAGUUCCUCAAGUAACCAUCACUAAUCAAGAGGACAGCAUAACGCACCAGCUAAGUAAUGGAGUUCGGGGACUAAUGCUAGGCAUGUACGAUUUUGAUGGAGAUGUUUGGUUAUGCCAUUCAUCUCAAGGCCAGUGCCAUGACUACACUGCUUUUGAACCAGCUAUAGGUACAUUGAAGGAAAUUGAAGCUUUCUUAUCAGCUAACCCAUCAGAAAUUGUCACACUCAUAUUGGAAGAUUACAUUCAUACACAAAACGGAUUGAAAAAGGUCUUUAGUGUCGUCGGCCUGAAGAAAUUUUGGUUUCCGGUUACCAAUAUGCCGAGAAACGGCGGCAAUUGGUCUCUAGUGAGUGAUAUGGUUGCUAAAAACCGAAGAUUAAUUGUGUUCACUUCAGUCAAGUCUAAGGAACAAAGUGAAGGCAUUGCUUACCAAUGGAAUUACAUGGUUGAAAAUCAGUGUAUGAAAAACACCAUCUAUUAUAAUUUAUAACCCUUUUCAUUCUUAACACGUACAAUGUUCUUGCUUGAUUCCAUUCUCAAUUUUCAGUUUGGUGAUCUUGACUUAAUGAGUUCCGCAGAUGGAGAUGGUGGAAGAAAAACAGAUAAUUCGGCAUCUCUUAUUGACAUGCUGCAAACUUAACAUGGUGCCGCCAGCAAUCGAUGGGCAAAUUUCGUUGCCGUUGAUUAUUACAAGAGUGAAGAAGGAGGAUCGUUUCAAGCUGUGGACAUGCUAAAUGGGAAGCUCUUAUGCGGAUGUGAUAACGUUGAUUCUUGCGUGGCUGGGACUAGUUCACAAGCUUGCUCACCACAUUAGGCAGUGAAACAAAAAUUGUCCAUUAUUGCAUGCCAUAUAGUUCCAUUAUCAACCUCUACAAUUUUUGUGCAAAUAUACUUUCUCAAUAUCAUAUCCUACCAAUGCCAUUU